AUGAGGGUGGAGCUGCCGCCCGAGCCGGAGGAGCAGGUAUCGCCGGAGCUGGAGGCAAGAGCCAUGCUUGAGAAGCGCACGGGUGCGCAGGCCGCGGGUGGCAGCUCGCUACAAGGCUUUGGGCGACCAAGUGUAUAUCAUGCUGCUGUUGUCAUCUUCCUUGAAUUCUUCGCAUGGGGCCUAUUAACAACUCCUAUACUAACUGUUCUUCAUGAAACAUUUCCUCAACACACAUUCCUCAUGAAUGGCCUCAUUCAAGGUGUAAAGGGCCUGUUAUCUUUUCUGAGUGCCCCUCUCAUAGGUGCUUUGUCUGAUGUGUGGGGAAGGAAGCCCUUUCUCAUUGGCACAGUCUUCUUUACCUGCUUCCCAAUCCCACUGAUGAGAAUCAGCCCAUGGUGGUAUUUUGCAAUGAUUUCCGUGUCUGGAGUCUUCUCAGUCACGUUUUCUGUGAUAUUUGCCUAUGUAGCUGACAUCACUCAGGAGCGUGAGCGAAGUACUGCUUAUGGAUGGGUCUCAGCUACUUUUGCAGCCAGUCUAGUCAGCAGUCCAGCCAUUGGAGCAUACCUAUCUGCCAGUUAUGGAGACAACCUUGUCGUACUGGUGGCCACAGUGGUGGCUCUUUUGGAUAUCUGCUUUAUCUUAUUGGCUGUUCCAGAAUCUCUGCCAGAGAAAAUGAGACCUGUUACUUGGGGCACUCAGAUUUCAUGGAAACAAGCAGACCCUUUUACGUCACUGAAGAAAGUUGGGAAAGAUUCUACUGUUUUACUAAUCUGCAUCACCGUGUUUCUUUCAUACCUUCCUGAAGCAGGACAGUAUUCAAGUUUUUUUCUCUAUCUCAGGCAGGUCAUAGGUUUUGGGUCUGUUAAAAUUGCAGCAUUCAUAGCUAUGGUAGGAAUUCUGUCUAUUGUGGCUCAGACAGUCUUUCUUAGCAUCUUGAUGAGAUCAUUAGGGAAUAAGAAUACUGUCCUUCUUGGCUUGGGCUUCCAGAUGUUCCAGUUGGCAUGGUAUGGUUUUGGAUCUCAGGCCUGGAUGAUGUGGGCAGCAGGGACUAUAGCUGCCAUGUCAAGCAUCACAUUUCCAGCAGUCAGUGCCCUUAUUUCACGGAAUGCAGAGUCUGAUCAACAAGGAGUUGCCCAAGGGAUCAUAACUGGAAUAAGAGGACUGUGCAAUGGUCUGGGCCCUGCACUGUAUGGCUUCAUAUUCUAUAUGUUCCAUGUUGAACUGACUGAAAUGGAGCCAGAAUUGAAUUCUAACAACAUUGCCAUGCAGGGAGCUGUCAUCCCAGGCCCGCCAUUUUUAUUUGGGGCAUGUGUAGUUCUUAUGUCUUUUGUGGUUGCUUUAUUUAUUCCUGAAUACAGUAAAGCCAGUGGAAUUCACAAACAUAACAGCAGCCUGACCAACAUCUCAGUACGGGACACUGAUGAAGACAUUGAGCCACUGCUGCAAGACAGCAGUAUCUGGGAACUUUCUUCCUUUGAGGAUCCUGGCAAUCAGUGCACUGAGCUGUAAACUUGGCAGAAGGACGAUUUUGCAAAUGCUGCCUAUGAGAGCCACGGAGGAGCCAUACCACACGACCUCAUGGUGUUGAAGGAGAGACGACAGCAUCCUUCAGUGGCC